AUGGAAGAACAAGUUGCCAUGGCAGAUAAGGUAAUGGCCUACUUAUUCGUUACACUGCCUAAGUCAUGUACUUCGUUAAAAUUUAAACAUGAAAACUCCUGAUAAUGGAGCGCGCCAUUGACAAGCUGCUUGCCAGAAAAUCCCCCUACCUGUUGUUUGCGGCACGACGUUAGUCAGGCUGAUACUGCUGCUUCUACUGUCACCAAAACUCCAGGAUAAUCCUGAUAGAAGAUUGGCUGUCGGCCCACUUAGGUACUACGGCCUAAGCCAAUCAGAUGAGUCGCAAAUGUGCUAUCGGGCUCUUCAGCCAUUUAGCCUUGCUUAGCCGGGUGCCGUAUUAUCGAGACAUUCGUAUGUGAUAUUUGAUCUUCAUUUACUGAAGAAAACCGGGUCAGGAAUGACGAAACUCUCUGGUUCGUAUUAGCAAACGCUAUUUGUGGGUGUCCGGAAGCAACGUAUGCAAACACAUCGGGUUGUAAGUCUUUUAGGGGGGAGGGGGGAUGCGUCACUCACAUCAAUUGUUCACGCGCCUAAAAAAGAGAUUAUUUGAUGUCCUUUAUAAGUCGCUUUGCUAGUGUAACUCUUGGGUUACCGUUGUUUUUGCUUCUGUUUUGCUCAGACAGAUGUGCGCUGAAGAAAAAAAUCUUAGAAGUUAACUCAUUUCACUAUUGCAUUUACACCAAUUUGCCCUUCAAACUACUGUUUUCGGUGGAGCUAGCAACGCACUAGCUAGGCAGUUAAGGACAUUGUGGCUUCAGGUGGACCUAGUCUGCCUUUGCUCCGUCUCAAGAUAGCAAUUGAUGCAGCAACUUCCAUAAGACCCUUAGGCGCGUAAAAUCGUCAUUUUGCCAGCGCACUUAUGUCAGCAAAAUUUUUAUUUUGCUGGUAAUCUGCCCGCUAAUUAGUGGCGCCAGAUUAAUCGCAGUGUAGUGUAGCACUGGUGUGCCGCCGUAGAUACUCCACAGGUUCUUCGUCCACUAGCAUUUUUGUGUGAAAACCCCUACAAUAUGGGGACCUCAUGUUGCAGAUUACCUUACACUAAAUUAUAGGGGGUCAGGUUUAGGAGGGCUAGGGCUAGUUAACAGUAGCGAAGAGGCCAAUUCCAGGUAGCCGCAAAGAAGUGCCAACUGUGAUAUGCAUGUAGCGGCCUGGCAACUACAUCCCAUCAAUACUGCAAAACCUGUGCAACCCACUACCCUUUCCAACUCUUUCCCUGAUGAUGGACUCGAGUGAAAAUCCGAAACGUCACGCCAAUAAAGCCCUUGUUCCAGCAAUCGUGCCUCCUUAGUCGCUUUAGGGUUAGUGUGAUUUCUCAAACCAGGGCACGGGAAUAGGUACCCUCGUGGAUUUUAACGCAACAUCACCGGUAGUACGGAGUGUACAUAUUUCCGUGUCCGGCCGCGUCCGUAUAAUCCUGCUUGUCAUCGCUCCUCGGUUAGCAGCUCACGACUGGGACACGGGCCUUCACCAUUCCGGUUAAAACCGCUUUUCUUGCCAUCCGCUCACUGGCCGUAAACUGCAGUUAUGCUUCCUACUUGAUGCACACAGCAGAGGAACUCAAAGGCACACUUUUCUUUGGGCCUUUUCAAUAGUAUUUCCCUGCGAAUACUAAUCUUCACACUAACUAAACGGCCAAGACAUAUACACGCGCAAAGCUCUGUAAGCUGCUAGCUGAUAUAAUGACAGUUACGUUUUUAGUUCAGUCAUCUGUGUGUACACGACUUAUAUUGUGCUAAUGCAUGUCAAUGGACUUAAAAACUAGUAAUUAGUCGACAAUUGUUAACUUAGGUUUUGAUCGCCCUCUCUGAACUUAUUGCCUAUGCUCUUUACUGGCUGACCAAGAGUCCCUUCAACAGACCAACACCCUGAACGACAGUUUAUCUAAGCAUUCGAUAUGAUACCUUAGAUGUGGCCUUCCGCCGCAGAAGCAAAGGAGUGGUUGAAUUGCCAUUAAAAAUCCUCAAGCAACUUGUCCUAUGCUAACCAGGAACGGGAAGAAUGCGAGUCAAAUCACUGAUAAUUCUAUCGAAUCUCAGAUUUUCCACAGGACCGAACAACAGGAUUAGUACCGACAGCCUAAGGUCCCCCUUCGUACUGAUUUUUUUUGUAUAGAGUGGGCUGCAGUGCCUUUCUCUAAAAGCUGUACUUGUCUUUUAAGAGAGGACAUGGACUUCUUCACUCGGAUUACGUCUACAGCAGCUACAGGUUAGUCAAUUUCCUCAUUUUACUCCUGUAGACCGGAUGAACGCCGUCAUAUUGGGUCGCCGUACAUGGGAAUCUAUCCCAAAGAGGUUUCGCCCGUUGAGCAAUCGGAUAAAUAUAGUCAUUUCAGGCACACUGAAUUCGCAUGUUUCAUGUUUUUCUUCUGAUAAGAACUCUAGAGUGCCCGAAGGCGUUUAUUUGGCAAAGGACUUCAGUAA